CACCUUAUGGACCCUGACUCUCAUGGCAACAUUACAAUCAGAUAUAAUUUCUACAGUAGAAUUUAAUCAUUCUGGAGAAUUACUAGCAACCGGAGAUAAAGGUGGUAGAGUCGUCAUCUUUCAACAGGAGCAGGAGAACAAAAUCCAGUCUCAUAGCAGAGGAGAAUAUAAUGUUUACAGCACCUUUCAGAGCCAUGAACCAGAGUUUGACUACUUGAAAAGUUUAGAAAUAGAAGAAAAGAUCAACAAAAUUAGGUGGUUACCCCAGAAAAAUGCUGCUCAGUUUUUAUUGUCUACCAAUGAUAAAACAAUAAAAUUAUGGAAAAUCAGUGAAAGGGACAAAAGACCAGAAGGGUAUAACUUGAAAGAGGAAGAUGGAAGGUAUAGAGAUCCUACUACAGUCACUACACUACGUGUGCCGGUCUUUAGGCCCAUGGAUCUAAUGGUUGAGGCCAGUCCACGACGAAUAUUUGCCAAUGCUCAUACAUAUCACAUCAACUCAAUUUCUAUUAAUAGUGAUUAUGAAACGUAUUUAUCUGCAGAUGAUUUGCGGAUUAAUCUUUGGCACCUGGAAAUUACAGACAGGAGUUUUAAUAUUGUGGAUAUCAAGCCUGCCAAUAUGGAGGAGCUGACAGAGGUGAUUACAGCAGCAGAAUUCCAUCCAAACAGUUGUAACACAUUUGUAUACAGCAGCAGUAAAGGAACUAUUCGGUUAUGUGACAUGAGGGCAUCCGCCCUCUGUGAUAGGCAUUCUAAACUGUUUGAAGAACCUGAAGAUCCGAGUAACAGGUCCUUUUUUUCUGAAAUCAUCUCUUCAAUUUCUGACGUAAAAUUCAGCCAUAGUGGUCGAUAUAUGAUGACUAGAGACUAUUUGUCAGUCAAAAUUUGGGACUUAAAUAUGGAAAACAGGCCUGUGGAAACAUACCAGGUGCAUGAAUACCUCAGAAGUAAACUUUGUUCACUAUAUGAAAAUGACUGCAUAUUUGACAAAUUUGAAUGUUGUUGGAAUGGAUCUGACAGUGUUGUCAUGACUGGAUCUUACAAUAAUUUCUUCAGAAUGUUUGACCGGAACACAAAGCGAGACAUAACCCUAGAAGCAUCACGGGAAAACAAUAAACCUCGCACAGUUCUGAAGCCACGUAAAGUGUGUGCAAGUGGCAAGCGAAAGAAAGAUGAAAUAAGCGUUGACAGCCUAGACUUCAACAAGAAAAUACUUCAUACAGCCUGGCACCCCAAGGAAAAUAUCAUUGCUGUAGCUACUACAAACAAUCUGUAUAUAUUUCAAGACAAAGUGAAUUAGGGUUGGCAUUCCUAGCAGAAGAGCCCACUUCCUGCUUAGUUGAGAUAGUUGAAUCUAGCAUUCAUACUUAAAAAAGAGAGAGGUCCAUUGUGGCGCCCCUUUUCCAGUGUUUGACAAUGUGCCAUUCGACAACACAUUUUUAAUAGCUACAUGGAGAAAGCUCUGUGGAUUCCUCACUGUGGUGUUCUCCAUGUCUGCUAGCCAUUUAGGUAAGGGUAGGGCACUUUUAAUUUAAAUGACUUCUUGCACCAUCUUGCCUAAUGGACUAGAUUGGACUGUAUCAACAUUGAUUUACUCCACUUUUUAUGCCUUCCAUUGUGAUGACGUCAAACACAGUGAAAGCCUUCAGUCAUGCUUAUGGGAUUUAAUUGUGUAUCCUCAUUACUGUAUCAUUUGUGGGGUACACCCCUCCCCCCUUUUUUAAAUUAAA